GCGGGGCAGGAAGCGGAAGCGGAAGCGGGGCGGCCAAGGCGACGUGUGAGCCAUGGCGGGGACACUGGAGCCGCAUCUGGAGGCGCUGCGGCGGGAGCUGCUGGCGCCCGAUCCCACCGUGCUCUCCGUCCUCCUGGCGCUGAUCGCCGUUAUCGUCACGCUCCUGAUCUGGAGGCUGGUGCAGGGCAGGAGGAGCAGCCGGAAGGCGGUGCUGCUGCUGGGCCUCUGCGACGCGGGGAAGACGCUGCUUUUCGCGAGGCUGUUGACGGGAAGAUACCGGGAUACCCAGACUUCGAUAACUGACAGCUCUGCAGUUUACAGAGUCAGCAACGACAAGAGUGCUAACGUCACCUUAAUAGACCUUCCAGGCCAUGAGAGUUUGCGGCUUCAGUUCUUGGAGAGAUUCAAGGCUGCAGCCAGAGCCAUCGUGUUUGUGGUGGAUAGUGUGGCCUUUCAGCGGGAGGUGAAGGAUGUGGCAGAGUUCCUGUACCAGGUCCUAGUUGAUAGCACUGUGCUCAAAAAUGCACCCGCGCUCCUGAUCGCUUGCAAUAAACAAGAUGUCACAAUGGCAAAAUCAGCAAAACUUAUUCAACAGCAGCUGGAAAAAGAGCUCAACACCUUACGAGUGACCCGCUCUGCAGCCCCCACAAGUCUGGAUGGCUCAGCCAUUGGAGGCCCUGCCCAGCUGGGGAAGAAGGGCAAGGACUUCGACUUCUCCCAGCUACCCAUGAAGGUGGAAUUCGUGGAGUGCAGUGCUCGGGGCAGCAAGGGAGAGGAGGGAGAUGCUGACUUUGAGGGUCUGGAGAAAUGGCUGGCCAAGAUCGCCUGAACGGAGAAGAGCAAGGCUGGAGGGGAGAGACUUGGAGAGGCAGGACACUUGGGCACUGAAAGGAAAAAGAGGGCCUGAAGGACUCAAAUCUGUUCUUGCUUUAGAAAGAGAAAACUUAACCUGGAAAUCAGCAUUGUGGUAACUUCCUCUGCUGCUCAAGGGCUUGUGAGCAACAUGACACAAUUGCUGGUGUGA